AUGCCUUUGUCUUGCCGUAGUGUAAACUAUGAAGAAGCUGAGGCUGCAUGCGCUACAUUAGGAGCUAAAAUUACUACAGCUCGAACCGAGGCAGAGAAUACGCGAUUGAACAAGAUUGCUAACGGAAAAAAAUUUUGGUUAGGAUUAAAAAGAAUCAAAUCAUCGAGAUGGAAAUGGGUCGAUGAAGGACCACUGAUUUUUAAUUCCUGGUCAGGUGGUAAGCCGUCAACAACCCAUGAUUGCGCUUUAGCAGCCAAUUAUGGCUUAUGGCAUACAUAUCCGUGUCAAAAAAAAAUUGAAAACUCUAUUGGACAGGAUAAAAAAAACCGGAGAGAAGCAUUUUUAUCUUGUUCUGGGAAGUCGGCUACACUUCUACAGCUUGAAGAUUUAGAAGAAGAAAAUUUUAUUAAAGACUUCUUAGUUGGACAGAGCUUCAGUAACAAAGACAAAAAGGAUAAGGAUGGUCCAGUGGCAGUAUGGUUAGGAGCUGAAAAGAAAGAUAACAACUGGGUAUGGGAUGACAAUCAAGAUUUUAAAUACACACACUGGGAAAUGGGACAACCUGACGGUUGUUGCGGUUCAAAUGUAAUUUACGCUACUUUAAACGUGACAAAACAGGGAAGUUUUUGGGACGAUACCGAUGUAGAAGUGCAGCACAAUUUUAUUUGCAAGUACACAAUUCAAGAACCUGAUGAACCAACUCCUUUUAUAACCGAUCAGACAAUAGUUAUCAGCGUCACCAAACCAUCGACUACUGCCUUUGCCACUGUGACUAUCGAUGAAAAAGCACAGAAAGGACAAGUUGGUCUGGGCACGCUUAUUAUGAUAAUAGCCGGUAUUCUUCUGGCAAUUACAAUAGCAAUGACCGCAUGCUUCUCAAGAAGAGAAAUUAUUGUCGCCCCACAACCCUUUUAUUACGAAAUUCCACUGGAAGCAGACGAAGGACCAAUGCUUGUCAAUGAACCACUCCACAGUGCUGAGCUUUUCACCCAGUCUACACAACCCAAUAUUCAGAUAGCUCCUGAAGAUCGAUUAUAUGACCAGUAUGCUAAACGCCCUGUCUAA